GCAUGCUUGAGCGUCGUAUCAAGGUAUAGGGGCUCCGUUAUGAAAUCCCAGAAUGUAGGUUGUUGGAGAGUUUUAUUUACAGACCAAAUGCUAAUUGAUAUGGGUUUAGAUGAGAGGGAACCAUUGCAGUGAAAGGUAAGACAUCCUACUUUAAUUGAUCUGUUGUGUCUUUUGGGCUCGUGGAGUGCUUCUCAAACAGCGGUCUAGUGCAGCUGCAUCCCCUCAUUUCGAGUUAUGAUGUCGGGCUAGAGUUUCAAGGCGAGCACGGGGAUACACCCCAUGAAGGCCCACUAUUGUCGUACUUUCUCUGUUCUUCCACUCACUUGAACAAUGCUAUCUGAUAUUUAAUUUCAAAUGACCUUCUUAUGUUGGUAAAGCCACUGAAAGGAGUUGCAUGACUUUUGUAAUAAUAUGGUUGCUGCUGUCAGUGGAUAUUUUCAGGCUGCAGCUUCCAAAGCUUAAAUGUGCCAUUGAUUAUUGUCACCAGGGUAUUGCAAUGACCUUCACUAAACCCACUCUCCCACCAAUAAAUGCCUUCAUUGCCUUUUACUCAUUCAUAGGUCAUGGAUUCCCCUAUCCUUCUUCUCCUUGCCCUCCUGGUCACCCUGGUCCAAUGUUUUCCUGAUGACUACAACAGUCACAACAGCACCCGUCACCAUGACUACUGUGUGCUUGGAGCCGGGCCCGCGGGCCUUCAGAUGGGUCACUUUCUCUCCAAGAGUCAGAGAGAUUACAUCAUCUUGGAGAGGAACUCGGGGCCAGGGAGCUUCUUCAAUAUGUGAGUGCCACUGUAGUAAUGGGUGUCGGCUAUAUCGGGUGUUGCACUUGCUGAAUACAUUUUCCAACUCAGCAAAGUAUUUUGUGACAGUGCAACAAUGAUGCAACUCUCUCUAUUGCCCUGCUCAUAGAAAUAUGUCCUGACCUACACCAUGUACAUGAACGUGUUGUAUCUCAUGGAUAUUUUUUCUCUCCAUUUAAAGAUACCCUCGACACAGGAAACUCAUCAGCAUCAACAAGAUCUACACAGGGAGGCGGAACCGCGAGUUCAACCUUCGCCACGAUUGGAACUCCCUCCUGAGUGACAGGCCUGACCUGCUGCUUCAGCGAGUCAGCCGGGAGCUCUACCCCGACGCAGACUCAUUCCCCCGCUACCUCUCCAUGUAUGUGAAGGAGCUGGGGCUGAAGGUCCAGUAUGGGGUGGACAUCGGGAAGAUCAGGGCCUCAGAGUCUGAAUCACCUAGAGGCAGGGGAUACAUACUGACUGACCAGCGUGGACUGGACUAUACAUGCAGGUACUGUGUUAUAUCCAUACUAAUACAGUGCAUUCGGAAAGUAUUCAGACACCUUGACUUUUUCCACAUUUUGUUAUGUUACAGCCUUAUUCUAAAGUGGAUUAAAUUGUUUUUCUCCUCAACAAUCUACACACAAUACCCAUAAUGACAAAGCAAAAACUGGUUUUAAAAAAAACGGAAAUAUCACAUUUACAUAAGUAUUCAGACCCUUUACUCAGUACUUUGUUGAAGCACCUUUGGCAGCGAUUACAGCCUCAAGUCUUCUUGGGUAUGACGCUACAAGCUUGGCACACCUGUAUUUGGGGAGUUUCUCCCAUUCUUCUAUGCAGAUCCUCUCAAGCUCUGUCAGGUUGGAUGGGGAGCGUCGCUGCACAGCUAUUUUCAGGUCUCUCCAGAGAUGUUAGAUCAGGUUCAAGUCCGGGCUCUUGCUGGGCCACUCAAGGACAUUCAGAGACUUGUCCCGAAGCAAAUCCUGCGUUGUCGUGUGCUUAGGGUCAUUGUCCUGUUGGAAGGUGAACCUUCGCCCCAGUCUGAGGUCCUGAGCGCUCUAGAGCAGGUUUUCAUCAAGGAUCUCUCUGUACUUUGCUCUGUUCAUCUUUCCCUCGAUCCUGACUAGUCUCCCAGUCCCUGCAGCUGAAUAACAUCCCCACAGCAUGAUGCUGCCACCACCAUGCUUCACCUUAGGGAUGGUGCCAGGUUUCCUCCAGACGUGACGCUUAGCAUUCAAGCCAAAGAGUUAAAUCUUGGUUUCAUCAGACCAGAGAAUCUUGUUUCUUAUGGUCUGAGUGUCUUUCGGUGCCUUAUGGCAAACUCCAAGCGGGCUGUCAUGUGCCUGUUACUGAGGAGUGGCUUCCGUCUGGCCACUCUACCAUAAAGGCCUGACUGGUGGAGUGCUGUAGAGAUGGUUGUCCUUCUGGAAGGUUCUCCCGUCUCCACAGAGGAACUCUAGAGCUCUGUCAGACUGACCAUCGGGUUCUUGGUCACCUCCCUGACCAAGGCCCUUCUCUCCCGAUUGAUCAGUUUGGCCGGGCGGCCAGCUCUAGGAAGAGUCUUGGGGGUUCCAAACUUCUUCCAUUUAAGAAUGAUGGAGACCACAGUGUUCUUGGGGACCUUUGCUGCAGACAUUUUUUGGUACCCUUCCCCAGAUCUGUGCCUCGACACAAUCCUGUCUUGGAGCUCUACGGACAAUUCCUUCAACCUCAUGGCUUGGUUUUUGCUCUGACAUGCACUGUCAACUGUGGGACCUUAUAUAGACAGGCGUGUGCCUUUCCAAAUCAUGUCCAAUCAAUUUAAUUUACCACAGGUGGACUCCAAUAAAGUUGUAGAAACAUCUCAAGGAUGAUCAAUGGAAACAGGAUGCACCUGAGCUCAAUUUCGAGUCUCAAAGCAAAGCGUCUGAAUACUUAUAUAAAUAAGGUAUUUCUGUUUUAAAAAAUGUUCAUACAUUUGCAAACAAAUUCUGAAAACCUGUCUUCGCUUUGUCACUAUGGGGUAUUGUGUGUGUGUAUAUUGAUGAGGAUUUUUAUUUAUUGAAUCAAUUUUAGAAUAAGGAUGUAACGUAACAAAAUGUGGAAAAAGUCAAGGGGUCUGAAUACUUUCCGAAUGCACUGUAUCUAAUGUAAAAGGAUGGAAAUAUGGAAAAAUUAUCCGCUAUGAAUACCAUUCAAGAGAUGAUUAUCUCUCUCUUUCUCUCUUACCCACAGAGUCCUCCUGGUGUCCACAGGACUGUGGGAUCCUCAGAAGGUCCAGUUUGAGGGCUCAGACCUGGUGGAGGGCUAUGAGUCCAUCCCUGUGGACCCAGAGGAAUAUAAGGACCAGGCCGUGCUGAUCCUGGGCAAGGGGAACUCAGCAUUUGAAACAGCUCAGAGCAUCCUGGGUAGGGCCAGCCGGAUCCAUCUCUAUAGCCCGAGCCCGGUCCGCCUAGCCUGGCAGACACAUUAUGUCGGAGACCUCAGGUACUGAGAGGCAUGAUUUAGGUUUUGACUCCCAUAUUGUCCUCUCCUACCAAUUGUUAUUUCUUUUGUUUCACUGAUUUUAGUACUCCUGCAGCAGUGUUUUAGAUCGGAGUAUGUUGCUAUCCUCUUAGCAUAAUCUUUACAUAUCAAAGUGAUCUAUUUUCUCUCUUCCACAGAGCUGUGAACAAUGAGCUGCUAGACACGUACCAGCUAAAGUCCCUUGAUGGGCUGGUGGAGGGAGGCCUUGAGGACAUUGCUAUCGUCAGAAAUGGAGAGGAUAAAAAGAAGCGCUCAGGCAGAAAGAAGAAGUGUAGAUCCAGUGGGAAGGAAAAGCGUGGCCAGUUGUUCCUUACUCUAGCUGAGCUACUGGACAGUCCGGAUGGGAAGAACAGUUCAAAGGUCACAGCGACAAACCUGCCUGUGUACCACAAUGACAACUUCUCUCUCCGCCAGCCAUAUGAUCGUGUGAUCCGCUGCUUGGGGUUCCGGUUCAACUUCAGCAUCUUUGAUGGGUAUGUCAAUUAUAAUUUUACAGUGGCAUGUCUUUACAUAGUGCGGAAAGAGUUCUGUUAAAGUAAUUGUUUUCUAUGGAAGUGGUGGCUCUUCUAUUUUAUAAUUUUCAUUGGAAAAGCCAUGUUUCAGUCAGAUAAUGUCAGUCUGUCCUAAUGAUACCGUUAAUCUCUCCAGCUCUGCCCGCCCACCAAGCAGUGAGGGUGCCAGGGGGCGGUUGCCAGGGGUGACAGCCUGGUACGAGGGGCGGGGAACCCCAGGCCUUUUUGUUCUGGGGACGGCUGCCCACUCAAGAGACUAUCGCUCUUCUGCAGGGGGGUUCGUUCAUGGCUUCCGAUACACAGGUAACCAUUCAAACUGCUGGUAUUACAACGCAGACAAGAGUAAAUCUGACUUCUGUAUAGUUAGUAACUGUCUGUAAAGGGGCAAUUUUGUCUAUAAUAUAAUGUUUAUAUAGACAAAAUGUUUAUUUGACUAUUUAUGGUUCUAACUUUGUGUUCCACCCUAGUGCGUGCUGUACAUAGAGUCCUUGAGCUGCGUUACCAUAGCAACUCGUGGCCAGCAACCAAACUGUCAAUCAGUCAGCUGCAGUCCUGGCUGUUGAGGAGGGUCAAUGAGGCCUCCGGACUGUACCAAAUGUUUGGGGUACUUGGAGACAUCAUUUUACUAAGAGGGUAAGUAGUGCUGAACCACUGUGCACAUUUGUCUUCAUGAUUAUUGUCCUUCAUUGUAAUCUCUACCAAUGAAUCUCACAUUGAUUGAUUGCCUAUAGAUAUCCCGAUUUAUGUUAAUUAAGGCUGCGUUUACACAGGCAGCCCAAUUCUGAUAUGUUUUUCACUCAUCUGUAUUUUGACCAAUCCGAGCAGCUCUGAAAAAGAUCUGAUGUGAAAAGAUCUGAUGUGAUUGGUAAAAAGACCAAUUAGUGUAAAAAAGGUCAGAAUUGUGAUGCCUAUGUAUACGCAGCCUAAAUUUGUCAAUUUGCGAACCAGUUUAACUUGAAUAAUCUACUCCUUUCCUUUCCCGUCAGCUCUCACUGUGAGUAUCUGGAGGAGUUUCCCCUCCAGGCCCUGCCCCAGUUCUCAUCUCUGUCUGGCCACCAGCUCUCCAAGCAUGGUCUGCUGGUUCUGGUCCUGCAGUACGGGAUGAACCGCACAGACUCACUGGGCCCUGGCAGAGCAGAGUCAGAGUGGACCCGUGCCUGGAGGUCCAACUUCCUCCACCCUGUUCUAUACUACUACGACACACUUCCUACGGGUGAGUGUGAGAAUGUUAUAAACCUUAUGAAGAGGACAAAACAGUUUGGCUUUAUGGUUGUGUUGAAGUAAUGACAUUCAAAUGAAGAGUAUGUCUGUGUGUAGCACAAGGCAUCUUUGUGGUAUGACGUCAGCACUCAAACCUACAUAUGUAUGUAAAAAUAUAAUCCAUGUUAUUCUUACAUUUGUCUGCCACCCUAAACAGAGAGGGACAUGAGACACCGUCCUGUUGGCUGGCCACUGCCACGACCCAAAGCAGUGCAUCACAUGAUCGAGGACUUCUUGACUGAGUGGGAUGGGCCCAUCUCCCACAGCCAGCCACUGCGGCGCUUCCUGGAACAUUGUCUCCACACUGACCUCAGGGCCUUCUAUGCAGGUAGAGCAUGUCCUCUCCUGAUCCCUCAUUACAACAUGCCCUUAGGAUAUGUCCUUUAUAUUUCCAUAUACAGUACCUCCUACUCAUCUAUUUGUAUCACACACGAUUUGUUUGUUCGCUUGAAACAUACUUUCAUACAUGAUCUGUGUUAUUACUGUUUUAUUACGGUUCUGCCCACUCAGUUGAGACAUUUUAUUACUUGAUGAUUACUGUUUUACAAUGUGUAAAAUUGACCUUGUUUCUUUUCCCCACAGAGUCAUGUUUCCGCUUUUCCCUUACCAAUCGAAAGCCACCCCUGUUUUGUCGUCAGGGAUACCUGAGGAAGCAUGGGGUUGUUAGUAAUAGUCAGCUAAGGCAGCAUGCCCAUGAAGCUGGGCUAAUGCCUACAGAACAGGACUCUGCAUCCCUAGACACAGACCCAUCGUUCCCUGAUUACCUUACCCGAGCUGGAGCCUCAGUGUCCUCUGCAAUGAACCUCGACUUCUGAUUGUUUACCCAAGGAUCCCCAAACUAAGCAAAUGACAGUUUUGAUGUCCCAAGACAUUCUCUACCUCUCAUUAUAAUAUCCCAUUAAUAUAUACAGUAUAUACACUGAGUGUACAAAAC